AUGGCGAGCAAUAUACCAGAUGAUAUAUUAGGGAGAAUUGGUAAGCGUCUCAACACAAAAACUGGUGUUUCUCGAUUUCGUGCGGUCUGUAAGUCAUGGCGAUCCUCUCUUCCCCCCUUUGCAAAACAGCUUCCUCUGCAAUUCCCUAUCCAAGUUGUUGCUAAUAGAACCAGCUUCACCCUCACCGAAAGCGUACUCUAUCAUCUUGCACCUCCCGCCGGCCAUCCCUGCGAAAGGGGUUGGUUGAUUUAUGUCAGAGAAGGAGAAUGGGGCAAAACUCAUCAUAUGCUGCAUCCACUCUCCCAGUUUAUGAUAAAGCAGUUGCCCGACUCAUAUCCAAAGUUAAUCAACUUAUUGGAAUAUCGGGUAUUUGAGGUGGCCAAAGUAUAUGGCCUACGUUUAAGGGAUCGACGGUUUGGUAAUACUAGGGUGGCCAUGUCCUUAAAUCUCGAUUUCCCUUCGGUCAUGAUGGUGGGAAUGAGAAGAUUAUGGAAUGGAAAAUUAGGCGUUGACAGUAAAAAGUGCAUCCAAGUCUCUCGGUUGGGUGGUGAACACUCGUUUUAUGAAGAUGUUAUUUUUUAUCAAGGAAAGUUCUAUGCUGUCUGCCGGAAUGGAACAGCCGUAGUGGUUGAUUCUUCUCUUGAUGUGACGGUGAUCGCGUCUCAAAUAGAAGGUGUUUUUGGCCUUAAUUCCAAGAAGUAUUUGGUGGAGUCAUCCGGGGAGUUGCUUUUGGUUCAUAGAUAUUGGGAUACAGAACAAUCCCCUUCUUCUGGUUCAUCAUCAGAAGAUUCUGAUUCUUCAUCAGAAGAUUCUGAUUUUUCAUCAGAUUCAGAAGAUUUUGAUUCUUUUGAUGAAGUUUCUUCUAAGAAGCAGUCGUGGGAGCAAGUAGAUCCAAGUACUCUUGUGGCCAGAGAAAUAUUUCGUCAAAGGGCGGCAGCACGGAACCCCGUUCAUGGUGAAGAUUCUUCUGAUUCUGACUAUGCAGACAAGCCACCCAUGACUACUGACCUUAUUAAAUUCAAGGUUUUCAAGUUGGAUGCAGAAGAGAAACAAUGGGUUGAGGCUGAGGCGGAAGCUUUGCGUGAUCGAAUAUUGGUGGCGGGGCACAACCGCUGCUUGUCUGUUUCUACUGGAGAUUUCCCAGGGUGCAGGGGGAGCUGCAUUUAUUUCUAUGAUCAUUAUAAUCGCACAAGCGCGUUAGGAAGAGGAAGCAUGUUGAACCAAAUUGGAGUGUUCUGCUUAGAUUCUGGCACUUGCUUACCCCUAACGGAUUGUCCAAAUUUUCACAACAUCUUUUGCCCACCCCCAACUUGGACUUGGUUGCCAAGCCAACAACAAAGGAAAAGGAAACAAGAAGACUUGGAUUUGGACACGAAUUUGGAAGCAGGAAAAGAAAGAAACAAAAGAAAAGGACUUGAACUUGUGCAUGAGUUGGGCUGUUGAUCCAUGUUAAGUUUAAAAUUUCAUAUUUUUUGUUACGAGUACUUCCCUUCUUUUUUCUCCAACUUUCCUGCAAUUGACAAUUGUAUCACUUUAUAUCAAAUAAGAAUCAUUGUGUUUGAAA